UGAAUGCUUCCAUGUGGCACAUUACUGAAAACCAUUAUAUUUGACUCCUCCUUUAUCCCAAAAAAUUCAGUUCAGUACACAACAAAACUAUUAACAAGAAAUCAAGAAUCUUCCCCAUGUCAAUUUGAUCGAACCCAUGUUUCCGCUUUGCUCAGAUUCUGCACAAAAGCUCUCCCUUUUUUGUUCUGUAAGCUUGCCCACUUGAAGCUUGGAUUCUCUUCGGCAUUUCGCAAUUUCAAUGUCGAAGCCUUGUGUUCCUGCCUGAUUUCAUCUGCUUAUGAAGAAUCUCCAGUUGGAUAAAUUGGGUUAAUUUGAGAGAGAUCAUCGUUUCAAUGGAGUCCCAGUGCUCUUGAUCCAAAAUGAGAUUUGGGUUUUACAUAAAAUUCUUGUUGGUGUGUUGAGACUGCAUAUGAGUCGCAUUUGAAGUAAUGAAGUAAAACAUGGAUGAUGGAGAGGUAGAGCUUUCAGAUCAUGUUCUGUUAUCAAACCCCAAUUCAUCUAGCAAUUACCAGGGUUCAACCCCGAUCGACUCGUUUCUUGAUGAUUUUCUGAAGAAUACAAGAACAUGCACUCACACUCACACUUGCAAUCCCCCUGGCCCGGACGCGGCACACACUCAUACAUGCUAUCACACACACACCCAAGUCUUUGCAUCCGAAGAAGAUGAAGUGCCAAACAAUAAAGAACAUUCGAUUUCGAAAGUUAGGAGGCCUUCUGGAAAUAGGGAAGCUGUUAGAAAGUAUAGAGAGAAGAAGAAGGCACACACAGCUUACUUGGAGGAGGAAGUCAAGAAAUUGCGCCUAUUGAAUCAGCAGCUUGUUAAGAAAUUGCAAGGGCAGGCAGUUCUUGAAGCUGAGGUUUUGAGGCUGAGGAGCCUUUUGCUGGACCUUAGAGGAAAGAUUGAUAAUGAGUUGGGUGUUUUCCCCUUCCAGAAGCAGUGUAAUACCACUUUGAGUUUCAAGGAAGGUGAUUGUGGACUGCAGUCUGCUAGCGGGGCAAUUGACCCGAGGUGUGAGAUGGAUUUGCCAUGCUUCCAUCCUCAUGUGGGAUCAUCUUCGCAGGCUAGUAUUAGUGGGAGUGGGAAAAUGGUGGUUUCAUGGGAGGGAAAUUGUCAGCCUGCAGUUGUAGAUUGUAGAGGUAACAUAAAUGAUAUGGUAAGUGCUGAAGGACACACAAUGGACACUGUGGAAGCCUUGGUGUCGUCCGCAUCUCAAGCUGAAUGACUGAAGGGUGAGACCUGUUUGUAAGUUUCUCAUACUUUGAUUUUCCUUAACUGAUAAUCGCUUAAGAUAUAGAAGUUAUAGCACUUUUCCAAUCUGAUAUGUAUAUAGUUGGAUGUGAUAAAGGGUGUAGUGCUUUACAGAUUGAGUUCCCGUUGAUAAUGCAGAUGUUUGCCCAAAGAUAUUGUUAAUUAGCCUGAUAGAACUAUGUACUUACUGAGGGAAUUUGUAAUUCUGAUAUAUCUGUGACUGCUUGUAUGAAGCCGCCUAUGAUGAAAAUAAAGCUGUUUUUUUCUUGUUUUAGAUGAACA